AUGGCGUUGAGCUCAGCUACUCUUAAACCGACCUCCCUAUCGUUCUCAACGAAGAAGAAGACGAAUCGAAACCCUAAAAAUCCAUCUCUUUCCUUCGCCAUAACUUGCUCAUCAUCAUCCUUUGACGAACCACCUAAACCUUCUCUCGCCUCUUCUUCUACUACUCCACCUAUUCGCGUCUCCUCGAGUUCUUCCCCUAAAGCUCGAUUCGUCGCUCGUCAGAAACAAUCCGUGUCCGUUCGCCAGCUCCAACGACCUCUAAUCGAGUAUAUGAGCUUACCUGCAAGUCAGUACUCAGUGCUUGAUGCAGAGAGGAUUGAGAGAGUUGAUGAUAACACGUUUCGAUGCUAUGUGUAUACGUUUAAGUUCUUCAACUUUGAAGUCUGUCCUGUUUUGCUUGUGAGAGUUGAAGAACAGCCUAAUGGUUGCUGCAUCAAGCUCUUGUCCUGCAAGCUUGAAGGAUCUCCUGUUGUGGUUGCUCAAAAUGACAAAUUUGAUGCUUCUAUGGUGAACCGGGUAUCAUGUGACAGCAUUCGGGAGGGGUCAUCAGAGCAACAAAUUACUUCAGAUGCAGUCAUUGAGGUCAAUAUCGAGAUACCUUUUGCGUUUAGAGUUUUCCCAGUGGGAGCAAUAGAGGCGACAGGGACACAAGUUCUUGAUCAAAUUCUUAAACUCAUGCUACCACGAUUUUUGUCUCAGCUCUCAAAAGACUAUCAAGCAUGGGCUUCUGGAGACACUUCAAGGCAACCUCUUGGAACUGGCGAGAUCUGA